AUGGCACUUCAACCAGCAACCAAGGCCCCCUCUGCGAGUAAGCGCAAGCUUGCACAGGUCGCAACGGCUCCAUCCCCUCCUCCUCCUACCAAGAAACCCAGAACAAUCAAGAAGGAUGCCAGCCCAACACCUUUAAAUGCUCCCAACUCAGCUCUGCUGCGCGAGCCGCACCACCUGGCCGACGAGGCGGAGGAGCACGGCAUCGUCCUGCGUGACUUCUACCCUCGUGAGAUGAACAAUGUCCGCGCAAAGGCCUACAACGACAACAUCCUCCCCCGGCCCAUAGAACUUCUCACCAAAGCCCUGGCCGACACCUCUUCAGUGCGGUCCAAGGUCGAGGUCAAGGACGCAGUCGUCCACUGGUUCAAGAUGGACCUCCGGACGUACGACAACCGCGCGCUCAGCAUGGCUAGCAGGAAGGCCGCCGAGGCCGGCGUGCCCCUCAUCUGCGUCUAUCUCGUCAGCCCGGAGGACUUCACGGCGCACCUGCGCGCGCCCGUGCGGGUAGACUUCAUGAUGCGCACUCUCGCCGUGCUCAAGAAGGACCUUGCGGCUCUCGACGUCCCACUGCACGUCGAGACGGUGGGCAAGCGCAAGGACAUCCCUCAGCGCAUGCUGGCGCUCAUGGCCAGCCACCUGUUCGCCAACAUGGAAUACGAGGUCGACGAGCUACGGCGUGAGGCGAAGAUGCAUGGCAUGUCGAUGGAGGUGCUGCACGAUUCGUGCAUCGUGCCCCCGGGCUUGCUGGCUUCGGGCUCUGGCAAGCAGUACUCGGUUUACUCACCGUGGUUCCGCGCCUGGGUGGCCUAUCUGCAUUCUCAUAUGGAUCUGCUCCUCGACGUUUUUGACCCCCCGACAAAGAACCCAGCUUCAGUGCGGAAGGGCAAGCACAGCACAAUCUUCGACUCAGAGAUUCCAGACGUACCCAAGAACAAGGCCCUCUCCACAGAGGAGAAGAAGCGCUUCCACGCGCUGUGGCCCGCUGGCGAGCACGAAGCCAUUGACCGGCUAAACAAGUUCGUUGAGGAGCGGAUCUCACGCUACUCGGAGCGGCGCAAUUUCCCCGGCGACGCGUGCACGUCGUCAAUCUCGGUACACCUGGCGGCGGGCACGCUCAGCGCACGCACGGCGGUACGGGCCGCGCGCGAUAAGAACAAGGGGAAGAACCUUGACGCCGGGGCCGAGGGGAUCAAGACGUGGAUCAGCGAGGUCGCGUGGCGCGACUUCUACAAGCACGUGCUCGUGCACUGGCCCUACAUCUGCAUGAACAAGCCGUUCAAGCCCGAGUACUCGAACAUUGAGUGGUCGUACGACAUGGAGCACUUCCAGGCCUGGAAGGACGGCCGGACGGGGUUCCCCAUUGUCGACGCCGCAAUGCGGCAGUGCAAGGCGACGGGCUGGAUGCACAACCGGUGCCGGAUGAUUGUCGCGUCUUUUUUGUGCAAGGACUUGCUCAUCGACUGGCGCCUGGGCGAGCGGUACUUUAUGGAGACUCUGAUUGACGGUGACUUUGCGUCGAACAAUGGUGGCUGGGGCUUCUCUGCGUCGUGCGGUGUCGACCCGCAGCCGUACUUUCGCAUCUUCAACCCGCUGCUUCAGAGCGAGAAGUUCGACCCGCAGGGCGAGUACAUUCGGAAAUGGAUUCCCGAACUCAAGGGCGUACAAGGUGCCGCGAUACACGAUCCGUAUGGCAGGACGGGCGGUCUCUCCAAGAGCGCGGCAGGCAAGGAAGGAGCUUAUCCGCAGCGCAUUUUGGUUGCUGUUCAGGAGAAGAGGCAAUGA